CAGAUGUCUGAAGAUUGCUUAUACCUGAAUAUAUAUACGCCUGUUUCUACAGAGAAGCAGGAGAAGCUGCCGGUCUUUGUAUGGAUCCAUGGAGGUGGAUUAGUUUUUGGAGCAGCUUCAACCUAUGAUGGUUCAGCAUUAGCGGCCUUUGACAACGUGGUUGUUGUAACCAUUCAGUACAGACUGGGUAUUGUUGGAUACUUUAGCACAGGUGAUGAGCAUGCUCGCGGUAACUGGGGGUAUUUGGAUCAAGUGGCAGCUCUUCAGUGGAUUCAGGAAAACAUCAUUCAUUUUGGAGGAGACCCAGGAUCUGUCACCAUCUGUGGAGAAUCUGCAGGAGGAAUCAGUGUUUCUGCUCUGAUUUUAUCUCCGCUGGCAAAGGGCUUGUUCCAUAAGGCCAUUUCCGAGAGUGGAACUGCAAUCAGGACUUUAUUCACUGAAAAGCCUCAGGAGGAAGCACAAAGAAUUGCGGCUGCAGCUGCCUGUGAAACAUCCAGUUCAGCUGCUCUGGUUGAGUGCUUAAGGGAAAAAACAGAGGAAGAGAUAGAACAGAUAACUCUAAAAAUGCCUACUCUGUUCAUCAGCGGGUCUGUGGAUGGUGUAUUUUUUCCAAAGAGUCCCAGUCAAUUACUGUCUGAAAAAGCAAUCAAUGCAGUCCCGUAUAUAAUAGGAGUAAAUAACUGUGAAUUUGGAUGGGGAAUUCCUACAAUGAUGAAAUUUCCUGAUUUUACAGAUGGUCUGGACAAAGAAGUUGCAUAUCAAGUGUUACAGAAUUACAUAGCAUUAUCAUUCGAGAAUGUUACUUCUGUCACUGUUGAUCUCAUAUUCGGUGAAUACAUGGGAAAAGCAGAGAGCCGUGCUCAGGUGCGAGAUGGCCUUCUUGAUGCAUUAGGAGAUCACGUGUUUGUUUUCCCAUCCGUUGAAGUGGCUAGAUACCAUAGAGAUGCUGGACACCCAGUCUACUUUUAUGAAUUUCAGCAUCGACCAAGCUCAGCCACAGGUGUCGUGCCAGAGUUUGUAAAAGCUGAUCAUGGAGAUGAGAUUGCCUUUGUGUUUGGAAAGCCGUUCUUAGCUGGGAAUGCUACCGAAGAAGAAGAUAAACUUAGCAGAACUGUUAUGAAAUACUGGACUAACUUUGCUAGAAAUGGAAAUCCCAAUGGGGAAGGCUUGGUACAUUGGCCUCAGUAUGAUCUGGAUGAAGGAUACCUGGAGAUAGACGUAACACAAAAGGCAGCAAAGAAACUGAAAGAACACAAAAUGGAGUUUUGGGCACAGCUCACAGAACAAAUGAGGGGUGAAAGAAGGAGAGAGCGCACAGAUUUGUGAGAGCUGCAGAGGGUACGUUUUCCCUUUACAGCCUGAACUAAGGUGAAUAUUCAUUUGUCAGAACGCAGAUUUUAAUCUUGACUUUCUAACUCACUGAUGUCUAAUUUGUUGUCAUGAUCACAGGAAAACUUCCCCUGAUUCUCUCCUGUAGUGAAAAGGGAGAAUCAAGGGAAGUGCAAAGUGUACAUGGAAAUAAAAAUCAAUAAUGAAGCAAGCGGGAAUAGAAACCAGUCUUUCAGGUUCAAACUGACCACGGUAUCCAAGGGGAAAUGGGCGAGUAUAUUGAAAUCCAUAAGAAAUGAUGUUUACGGGAUAUGUCAUAGGUGUCAGAAUAUGUUGUAUUUUCAUUCCACCCUUCUUUAUCAAGAGAGUCCUUGAUUGUCCUUCUUACAGCC